AUGGAUGAAGGGCCUCCUGCGAAGGGGUCGGGGGGGACAAGCCACACCCCGCCGCUGGGCAAUCGAAAGACGCAAGAUGGUGGAGUGGGGCAAACACAUUCACCACCAUAUUCAGAAACACCGCCACCGCCAAAGCCAACAGCCAACGGCAGGGGAGAAAGGGAGGGAAAAGACGGCCCGUCAGGUGACGCGGAUAGCACCGGGGAUCGAUCGGAGGACGGUCCUGUAGAAUUGGCGGAACCGGAACGCACAAAGGGAGCAGAAAUACCACCGCGGCGAGGAAGCUUGCCUUCAUCACCAGAAGAAGAACAACCACCACUGCCGAGCCGACCAGAAGAAGGGCGCGGAUCCUCGACUGAUGUCAGUCAAGGAGAAACCAAUGCAGGGAAGGAGGGGUACUUGGCAGACGACAACGGUUCCGCAACGCAGCACUCAUCGCACGUGCCGGGAAAAGGGCCGCAUGAGAAACAGGCAGCGGAAGGAGACCCAGAGCAGAGACACCAAGGCAACCCUUUACCGCCAGAACCGCACACGGAGGGCACUCAAAAUAAGCUGAGCGACGACGCAGAUUUGCAGAGCGGUGAAAUUGCAGGCCAGCCGCAUGCCACGAGUAAAACACACCAGGUGGAGGCGCAGCAAAAACAACUGAAUGGUCUUCGCCUGCAGGUGGCGCUGGCGCUGCCGGCCGCCAGGCUGGAGAGCCCACCGAGAAGGUUGACAAAGACACCAAAGAGCCCGACACCGCAGGGACCCCAGCCGGCCCACAAGAAGGUGCUGCCGCUAGCGCACCGGCAAGCCGCGAAAAGGAAGAAGCAGCGGGGCACACAGAGAGCACUGCAAAGGACGCCGCGGUUUCCGACUGGCACUGGCAACGGCGCCGCAGUGCAGUCAAAGCUGGGGGGCCGUUGCGACAGCCGGCGCUGGUCAGGCGGAGCAGGGGCACACCGCAGCGCCCGCCUCCUACGAACAACCGGAAGCGAGUGGCCGGAAGGAGGGGCCAACCUCCAAGCCCGAAGCGGGGGCGGCAGCGUGAGCGAAAGAGCCGCGCGCAGCCCGCCCUUCUCUUCUUUUUUUUUGUGUGCUCUCCUGCGCGGGCUCUCGCCCCACUUCACGCGACACACACGCAGCGCGCUCAUAAUU